GCUACACGGCUCAAACCCCCUCGGUCACCGGAUCGGCGGCAGCUGCUCGGCCCCCCGGUGCUAUUUUCACCCUCAGGAUAAAGUGAUGUGCAGCCGCCGCCCGCGCGCACGGCCCCAGCAGCUCCAGUCAGACCCGAGCAGUGGCAGGAUGAAGUCCACAGGAAGCGAGCGCGCUGCGCAGCCCGACGGCUACACCUCCGACCUAGACGACCUGGACAGCGGCAGCGACAGCUCCGACGGGAAGUCCACCGGCGGCUGCAGCCCCCGCAGAGAGCCGGGGGAGGCGGCGGGGGAGGAGGCCACGGACGGAGAUGGUUCCCGGGGCGGCACGACAAGGCGGAGGAGAACGCGGAGACGCAGCAGAGUCGGGAGAGCCGGUGGAGACGCGCAUCUUUCCGGGGUGAGCCAACAGAGACAGGCGGCCAACGCGCGGGAACGGGACAGGACGCACAGCGUGAACACGGCCUUCACAGCGCUCCGCACACUCAUCCCCACAGAGCCCGCAGACAGGAAGCUCUCCAAGAUAGAGACGCUGCGCCUGGCCUCCAGCUACAUCCACCACCUGGCCAACGUGCUGCUGCUGGGGGAGGACUGCCGGGACGGACAGCCCUGCAUCCGCUACCAAAGCAUCCUGCACGGCCCCGCCGCCCUCAACGCGGCCUCCCUGCGCCCCAUCUGCACUUUCUGCCUCGGAAACCAGAGGAAACUGCUCAGAGAUGGAGGGAAGCACACAGCUGCUGUGUGA